AUGAAGUUGAAGAUCAGUGAGGUCAAUGAAAAAGAUAGAAUAAUAAAAUUAGAUAAUGAUAAUUGUACUCUCCAAGAUUUGUUAAAUGAGGUAGGUAAGGAUGCUGUAGAAACCUAUGGAUACAAGUUAAGUUAUGGGUAUCCCUUAAAGACGAUAGUUGUAGGGGACGAUAAUAUAAACUCUCUUUUAUCAACUUUAAAUAUUACAAAUGGGGAUAAGAUAUUCUUAAGGGAUACUGAAAAUAAAAAAGUUAAGCAAGAUCCAAUAUCUGAGUUAAUAAGCUUUAAAGAAAAGACAGUUAGUGUUAAAAAGGUUCCGGACGAUAAUUCGUGUUUAUUUCAUUGUUUAUCAUAUUCAAUAUAUGGUAAUAUGAACUACAGUACUCAGAUUCGAAGACAGAUAAGUGAAUAUAUAAAGAAUCACCCACUAGAAUAUAAUGAUCCUGCUAUAUUAGAUGGCAAGACAAUUGAACAGUACUGUCAAUGGAUUGAAGAUUAUAAUUCAUGGGGUGGGUAUAUCGAACUAUCAAUAAUUCCGAGAAUAUAUGAAAACGUUACAAUUUGGAUAUGUGACAUUAUUAAUAAUUAUAUUGAUAAGAUAACAACGCCAACUACUACAGAAAAAUAUGAAAAUGAUAUUAACAGUGGAUCAAUAUUUUAUCAGAAUCAAAUUAUUGUAUUACUGUAUAACGGAAUACAUUAUGAUUUGAUAGUAGGGCCGGUAGAUGGACAAUAUAAUUUUAGAUUUGAUGAUAAUGAAUGGUUAAAUAAGCAGUGUUACGAAAUUAUGGAAAAAUAUAAAAAUAGAACAUUUGAUUCUAAAAGAGUUGAGAUUAAAUGCAAACAAUGUGGAGUAAUUCUAGUUGGAGAAAAGAAUGUCAGUGAACAUGCAAUGAAAACUUUGCAUUACGAUUUUGCUCAACUAUAA